AUGUUGGAUAUUGGGGCAGUAACUAUAAUCAUUUUAAAUUUCAAGGUCGAUGAGGUCGUUAUCGUGUACAUGUUUGUUGUUGUCCUACCUGAAAUGGAUUUGUAUAACAAGUCUAGAAGAAUCAUUGGACUUAUUUUAGCCAUAGCUAUCUCAUGUUUCUUUCUGUUUGUUACUGGUGCCUGCCAUAAACGUGAAAUAGAGGAAGAUUAUGCAGUGCAAAUUAUAGUUGAUGGCAUAGAGAACUUUUAUCGGCUGAAGAACCUGGAGAUCGAUCGACCUGAUGAAGCAUUAGAUUUAUUCUCGGGAUUAUCUUUUGAUCCGACGUUUUUGGACUUUGGUGACCAGCCACUUUCACACCCUAAGCAUGUCGAAGUCACGAUUACUAACAUUGAUACUGACCAGUCGAUUGAGCUCGUCACUACUUUUGGAGCUCCUUCGUUCAUAUUUUCGUCCAGAUUUAAUCAAACUGAGAUUGCUCCAGCUUCAUCUGCGACGUUUAACGUGACAUUCUUACCGUAUACCGUGGGUGAAUUUGAAGGUUUCAUGUACAUUCAGACAUCAUUGGGUGCUGUAAAAUAUCAGGUGUUUGGAUCCAGUCAUAUCAGUGACCAAUACUUAAUACCUCUCGUUAACCUUGAAUCGCUGGUUGAAAACAAGAAAAUGUUCUGUGUUAAAAUGGUUAACCCUUUGUCUUAUUCUGUUGAGGUCAACAACUUAAAAGUAUUUCCGGCAACCAAACUGCGGAUGAUUGUGAUCAUUUCGAUGUGUCAAUGA